AUUUUCUUCUGGCUUAGGGCUUCCUCUUCUUCAACUUAUAUCCUGCAACCAUCUCAGAUAUCUCACAGGCGCGAUUGGAGCCGACGUCGGAGGGAUUGGAAACCCUAGCUUUGGGAAAAAAAUUUAAGCCAAGGCAAAAUGUCUCUCAUUGCAAACGAGGAUUUCCAGCACAUCCUUCGUGUGCUGAACACUAACGUGGAUGGAAAGAAGAAGAUAAUGUUUGCUCUCACCUCCAUCAAGGGUAUCGGUCGCCGUUUUGCCAACAUCGUCUGCAAGAAAGCCGACGUCGACAUGAACAAGAGGGCUGGUGAACUCUCUGCUGCUGAACUUGAGAAUCUCAUGACUAUUGUUGCAAAUCCACGCCAAUUCAAGAUCCCAGAUUGGUUUUUAAACAGAAAGAAAGAUUAUAAGGAUGGUCGGUACUCCCAAGUAGUGUCAAAUGCCCUGGACAUGAAACUAAGGGAUGAUCUCGAAAGGUUGAAGAAGAUCAGAAACCAUAGGGGUCUUCGCCAUUAUUGGGGACUUCGAGUUCGUGGACAGCACACUAAGACUACUGGGAGGAGAGGAAAGACAGUUGGUGUCUCUAAGAAGCGUUAAGCCUCUCUGCUGCUUUUUUUUUUACUUUGCCAUCUCCAUGCAGGUUCAAAACUUGAAAAGCUUUCUGAUCGAUAUUUAUUACAAUGAACAUUAACUUCCUUCUUUGUUCGGAAAUUUUAGAUUUUGAUUAAAAGUUUUUAUCGAGUCUUCUAUGGGAAUUAUAUUAUUUAAAAAUUGCCAAA